AAUUACACAGAUACAAAAAUGAGUCCUCUAUCCAUCUCUAUGGACAUGCACCAUUGUUCAGAAUAAAGAAAGCAGCAGAUGUGAAGACGAUCAUUUUUGUUUCCGUUUCUAUGUAUUACUACAGAUUAAGUCUGAGGCUGGUAACAUCAACAGUGAGGACAAACCCAGUCACUGGGUCCUGAUUUGUGAGAGUGGAGCCCAGUUUGCACUGCAGGAUCCAGAGAUGGCAUCAGUGAAGCUGGAAGACUGCAGUCAAACACUGGAGCUGAAAGUCAACAUUAAAGAUGAAGAAGAGGAGGAGAAGAUUGGGACAUCUGGUAGUCAUGGAGACCAUGUUGAGACAUUAUCUACAUCCAGAGAGCAACAGCAGGAAGAUCCCAGAGCUAAGAGGUCUCACCACUGCCCACAUUGUGAGGAGAUUUUCCCAUUUCUAUCAAAGCUAAAAAUACACCUACAAAUACACACAGGAGAGAAGCCUUAUUCCUGCACUGACUGUGGGACGCACUUCACAACAUCAAAGGCUCUGACAGUUCACCAGAGAGUGCACACUGGAGAGAAGCCUUACUCCUGCUCUGACUGUGGGAAGAGUUUCUCAGGGUUGGGUCACUUAAAAAGACACCAACGUAUACACACAGGAGAGAAGCCUUACUCCUGCACUGACUGUGGGAAGAGUUUCUCGCAACAGAGCAGCUUAAACACGCACAAACAUAUACACACAGGAGAGAAGCCGUACAACUGCUCUGACUGUGGAAAAUGCUUCACAGCAUUAUUUGAGUUAAAAGUUCAUCAGAGGACACACACAGGAGAGAAGCCUUACUACUGCUCUGACUGUGGGAUGAGUUUCUCUCAACAGAGCAGCUUAAAGUCACACCAACGUAUACACACAGGAGAGAAGCCGUACUCCUGCUCUGAUUGUGGGAAGAGUUUCUCUCAUCAAAGCAGCUUAAAAUCACACCAACAUAUACAUAAAGCAGAGAAGCCUUACUCUUGCUCUGACUGUGGGAAGUACUUUACAACAUCAGCUGAGCUAAAAGUUCACCAGAGGACACACACAGGAGAGAAGCCUUACUGCUGCUCUGACUGUGGGAAGAGUUUCUCUCAACAGAGCAACUUAAAAACACACCAACUUAUACAUACAGGAGAGAAGCCUUUCUCAUGCUCUGACUGUGUGAAGUGCUUCACAACAUCAUCUGAGCUAAAAGUUCACCAGAGAACACACACAGGAGAGAAGCCUUACUCCUGCUCUGACUGUGGGAAGAGUUUCUCUCAACAGAGCAACCAAAUAACACACCAACGUAUACAUAAAGGAAAGAAGCCUCAUCAGUUCUCUCAGGCCAGUUAAGAUUAGUCACUCCAUCACUUCAUUCUCAUCUCAUAAAGGAAGUGGUAACAGUGAAUUUGAUAACAUUACCAGAGAGUAACACUAUUGUAAUCCUAUUGUUUCUCACUGUGAGAACUGUGCAGAGAAAAGGGAGCAUUAUAGAACAUUAACCUCUCUUUACUUUACCGAUCUGUGUGCACCUUGUCAGUUCCAGUGUGUUUUGUUAGCUUCUACUGUAAAGAUAUUGAGAUUACCUUGGAUUUGCCCUUAUCGUUGAAAACCCUCUGAGAGAUCUCUUGUUAAAACAAUGGAGGGAGGUACUGCUUCCCUCUGCAGUUUUCUGUGGGAAUGAGUUAGUAGACACAACAAGUGUCAGAUAGAGAUGGUGUGAUGAUCAGUUUUCUGUGGGAAUGAGUUAGUAGACACAACAUGUGUCAGAUAGAGAUGGUGUGAUGAUCAGUUGUCUGUGGGAAUGAGUUAGUAGACACAACAUGUGUCAGAUAGAGAUGGUGUGAUGAUCAGUUUUCACCUUUAGUUUGGGUGGAUACUUUUUUUCCUAAUAAAUGUUUUUUGUUUAAUGAUACACAGGUUAUAAAACAAAUGGGUUUAUUAAAUGGUCUUUUAAAACUAGAUUCACUAAUUUAGUCAUUGAUGAUUAAUGAAUUUGGAUAACUGCAAUGAAUUUCAUUGAAUUACUAAUGAAAAAUAAAUGUUCUACAUUAAUUUUUGCUGGUCAACCUCUGGGUUAUCUUUACAGAAAAUACAAUGUUUUUGUUGCCAUUCAAAAUAUAUUUACAUUAAUCUACUCAAAAACAUGUCAAUACACCUUUACACAUCACCACGGGGACAAGCCACUUUGCUAGCCACCAGUAUUUUUCUACAAUGCAUACAAAUAUAUGGUGAUCAGUAUAAAGGACUUACAUGUUUUCUUAUGUAAAACCAGUUAAAUAAA